AUGAUCGUUCGCAAUAAAUUUGGUAUCACCCCCUGUACUUGGCAACUUCAGUCGGCUUUGCAUCAGCUUGAGAAGAAGAAUGUCUUUACUAUUUCUCCGACUGGCUCAGGCAAAACAUUCAUGUUCUGGAUCCCCCUUUUAUUCAACGACAAUGGAAUUAUCCUCAUAGUGACACCUCUGAAUAUUCUUGGCGAGAAAACUCACAAUGAAGCAAAAAUGCUGGGCUUCUCAGCCUACAACCUUUCUGCAGAAAAUUCUACUGAUGAAGCUUUCAAUGACAUUGUAAAGCUCAAGUACCAUGUCAUUACGGUCAGUCCAGAGCGAGUACUUGGGGACACACGAUUUAAGAAUUUAUGGAAGUCCAAAAGGUUUACGAACGCUCUUUUCAAUGUUACAUUUGACGAAGGCCAUUGUAUUAGUGAAUGGGGCAAAGAUUUUCGACCUUUGUAUAGUGAAUUGGGGAACCUUCGAUGGUUCCUUCCAGACCAUGUCUCUUUUCAUACAGUGUCAGCGACAAUGCCACCACACAUCCUCCAUGACGUUCAGUCAAAACUUCAUAUUCGAUCAUACAAUACUACAAAGAUUAUACGCUCUAAUGACCGUCCCAACAUUCACCUCAUGGUGGAGGAGAUGAAAUAUUCCCGCAGCUCCAUGCAUGAUCUUACCCGGAUAUUCUCUUUCAAUGGGAACACGCCACAUGAAAAAUUCAUGCUCUUUACCAACUCGCACGACAAAGCUGAGAGUGCUUGUAGCUGCAUCCAUCUGCAUAUGCCACCGCGAUCACGAGAUAAGGUCCUUCGUAGAGGGGACAUUUGGGGUGUCUGCUGUACGGAUGCUGCAGGAAUGGGUCUUGACUUGCGUGAUAUCACCCUCGUCAUUCAAUGGGGAUAUACGCCAUCGCUAUGCACAUUAAUGCAGAGACUUGGACGUGCAGCGCGAGACCCGUUACUAACAGCACUUGCAGUAUACUUUGUCGAGCCAAUGUAUUUUGAUACUUACCAUGGAAAGCAGAAGCGCCCCUCGCCACAGGGACACAUAAGUGUUCCUACUAGGAAGAGGGCAAAGCACUCUGAGACAAAUAAGGCCAACGGCAGCCGGUUGGACAGGGAGGAUAGUGAGCUAGAGGACCAUGGUGGUAUUGUCAGUGACGCAGAAGAAAAUGUUGACGGGGACAUGGGGAGAGACAAUAUUGCAGAGGCCGCGAGCAUGCCAGCUCAUGAAGUAUCACUGGGGAUCCCUUGUUGUGCGAGAUGCAGUGUUAAGUCAUCGUGUUACUGCUGUGACAUUUGUAACCCCACAGCGUUACAAUCUCGUCUGUUCCCAUCACUUCCACUACCAUCCACUCGGGCAAAACGCAAAUUCACUAUCAAACCAUACAAGAUGACAACCGGGGGACACAAUCUUCGCUGGGAGCUCCUCCAGUGGAGAAGCUUUAAGGUGCUUGAGGAGGAUCUUGAUGGUGAUGACUUCUUCAGCCCUCAAAUCAUUAUGUCAAAUAAAAUCUUGGAUCGAAUCAUUGACCUUGCUCACUACUCGAAAAUUGUCACCGUAACUGCCCUCUUUGAGCAGACGCAUUGGUGCUAUACAGAUUUAUACGGCCCUGAAAUCCUCAAAAUUAUCAAUACAUGCAUCCCGUUACCACAACCACCAUCUCCCAAGCCAGUGGCUUCGGUAUCUGUCCCUGUUCUUGGUUCCUCCUCUAUCACAAACCAACAUUCUCUUGCGCCAAACCCACAGCCGAUUGAAGCUGCUGGUUCUGUAGACGGUCUUUCCGCGAAGUGA